AUGACUACAACGCAGCGGAGUGAAAGCAUGAAUGCAUUUUUUGAUGAUUACGUGCAUUCACAAACCACACUAAAGGAAUUUUUUGAUCAAUUUGAUAAUGCUUUGAGGAAAAUGGUUGAGAAUGAGGCGCGUUCUGAUUUUGAUUGUUUUAAUCGCACAAUUCCAUGUGCAACCAAUCUGUCUUUAGAGAAGCAAUUUCAAGAUGUUUACACAAACGCAAAGUUCAAAGAAGUUCACGAACAGUUUGCAACAGGUGUGCAUUGUAACAACUCUCUUGUUAGAAGUGAAGGUGCAAUUUCUACCUAUCAAGUGGUUGAAACUUGUCAACCUCAUGAAAACCACAUGAUCGACAAAACAUUUAAUGUUUUCUUCAUUGAAGACGAAUUUGAAGUGAAGUGCACUUGUGCAAUGUUUGAAUUUAGAGGCAUCCUAUGCAAGCAUUUUAUUUCAGUUCUAGUGACAAAGAAAGUUACAAUGUUGCCACCAAGAUAUAUUCUUGACAGAUGGAGGAAGGAUAUAAAGCGUAACUAUACUUUGAUUAAGAGUAGUUGUGAUACGUUUGUGAGUAACUCUAGCGCCCAAAGAUAUGACAGAAUGUUGAAGAAAUUUGAAGAAUUAGCAUCACAUACAUUAGAAAAUGUGGAAUAUUCCAUGGAAGUGAUGAAAAAUCUUGACAUUUUAAAUGAGAAAUUUCGUGCCUUAAAGUCUGGAAAGGUGCUUUCUCCUGUUAAGGUUAAACGUUUAGGGAGACCACGGUCACUAAGAAGGGUACUAGCUAUAGAAAAAGUGUCCAAAAAAUCACAAGGUAAGAUAGUGCCUCUUGUAAAGAAAGCAGCCAACAAAGCCCAAUUAGAGAAGAAGCCAUCAAGCAGCAACAAUGUCAUAAAGAAGGUCCAAAAAAAGAAGGUUCAUAAUUUUUUUCUUUCUACUUGA